ACGACCCGCCCACCCUGUGUUUCCCGUUUGCGAUUUCCUUCACGGUGAUGUCGAUACAAGCGUCGCAAACAUAUCUAGAACGCUACCUCGAUUGCGUAGAAAAUUUGCCAGAUGAUCUUCAACGGCUUAUGUCGCUAUUGAAAGAGCUGGAUGCGAAGACUCAAGCUCUUCUGCAGACGUUGAGGCCGCGACAUCAGGCGUAUAUUGAGUCAUUCGAUAGCGACAACGUGGCGAAGCGACGAAAGCUGCAUCAGGAAGUGCUGAGAGGAGUUUUGUUGUGUCGAGAGUUUGGAGAUGAGAAACUGCAGUUGGCGUCACAGAUGCAGGAACUGGUUGAGAGUCAUAGCCGACAACUAGAGGAUGAUCUUCGAGCAUUAGAGCAUGCAAGAAUGGAAGAAAACAUGCCACCUCUGAGUACCGAGCAACAGAGAUUAAUGUACUCUGAAGGUUAUGACAUUGGACGUCCGACUAAGAGACCGCCUCGACAGAAACGUAGUCAUCCCUACACUCAGUUGAAGGAGAAAGACUUGGGAGAAGAUUUUCGAGACACUAAGGAGAAGGAUUUGGGACAAAAACCUGCCAAGAAGAGGUUCAAGAAAAAAACAUCAAGAACGAAGGUUAGAGAUGACUCACCACCUCCUGAAGCUCAAAUCGAUCCAAACGAGCCAACAUAUUGUCUGUGUGAUCAGGUUUCAUUCGGUGAAAUGAUUGGAUGCGACAAUGACGAGUGCCCUAUAGAAUGGUUUCACUUCCAAUGUGUUGGAUUGAUGUCCAAACCAAAGGGAAAAUGGUAUUGUCCGCAGUGUUCCACAGAAAGAGAGAAAAAGAAAGGCAACAAAACUGCAUUGUGAUGUUCAUCGAUCACAAUUAGUUGGCGCAUACUAGAAUAACAUGUUGAAUUCAACUACAGAGUUUAUUGCUAAAGCUAUAACUAAAGUUUGAAAUUAGAUUGUUGAGAUGAUGUCUGUGGUGAAUGUAGUUACUUGGUAAUAAUAAUUAAUUAAUAAAUAAAGAGAGAAACUGACUAAA